AUGGGCGACCGCACCGCGCUCUUCCGCGCCGCUUUGGCGGCCCUGGAGGCCCGCGGAGUCCGCCCCGUCCGCUUCUCGAGCCUCUACGAGAGCUCCGCUUGGGUCGUCACCGACCAGCCGGACUUCUUGAACGCCGCGGUGCGCGUGGAGACGGAUCGCAGCCCCCACCAGCUGCUGCAAGCCUGCAAGGACGUCGAGGAGACGCUGGGGCGGCUGGAGGGCGAGCGCGUGUGGGGGCCGCGGCCGAUCGACCUCGACAUCAUCCUGUUCGGCGGCCAGAAGAUCGCCGAGGAGCGCAAGGACGCGUGGCUGCAGAUUCCGCACCCAUUGUGGACGGAACGAUCCUUCGUGUGGCGCCCCGUCGCGGACCUCCACGACGAGCGCGACCUCGCGCACGCGACGAGCAUGCCCGUUGAAAAGCGCCUCCUGCUCACCGCGAUCCAGCACGCGCACGAGCGGGCCAGGCGGGCGGACGCGGCGAGUGCACAAGCCCCUGCGCCGCUGGUCGCCGCCGCUGCGCGCGUCGAGGCCGCGGCGGGGCACGGCCACCGCGCGAGCGCGGCCGAGGCCGUCAGCGAGCUGCUCGACGCCGACGGGCUGCACCCGCCGCGGAAGGAGCUGCGGCGGGUGCUUCCAGCGCCGGGCGUGAGGGGGGGCGUGUGGGAGUGGGAGGGGCGCACGCGGAUCAUGGGCGUGCUCAACGCGACGCCCGACAGCUUCAGCGACGGCGGGCUGCACGCGUCCGCGGCCGACGCGGCCGCCGCGGCCACCGACAUGAUCAACAACGGCGCCGACAUCAUCGACAUCGGUGGGCAGUCGACGCGGCCGGGGGCGGAGCGCGUCUCCGCCGAGGAGGAGGCGCAGCGGGUGGUGCCAGCGAUCGCGGCCGUCGCGAAGCUGUGCAGGGAGAGCAACACGCUGCUGUCGGUGGACACGUUUUACGCCAGCGUCGCCAAGGCUGCGGUGGCGGCGGGCGCGAGCUGCGUGAACGACGUAUCGUCCGGUAGCAUCGACCCGGACAUGCUGAAGACCGUGGCGGAGCUCGGGGUGCCGUACGUCGCGAUGCACAUGCGAGGCGGGCCGCAAACGAUGCAGCUGGACGCCAACACAACCUACGCGGUGCCGCCGGGCGGGUCGAUCGCGGACGCAGUCGGCGCGGAGCUGAACGCGCGGUGCGAGGCGGCGGUUGCGGCGGGCAUCGAGCCGUGGCGGAUCGUCCUCGACCCGGGGCUGGGGUUCGCGAAGACCCCGCGGGGGAGUAUUCAGCUGCUGGGGGGGCUCCCGCGGCUGCGGCGGGCGAUGGUCGGCGGGUGCCUGCAGCGCGCGCCGCUGCUGGUUGGCAUGUCGCGGAAGGGGUUCCUGGGCGAGGUGGCGGGGCGGAGAGUGCCGGCGGAGCGCGACUGGGCCACGGCGGGCGCGGCGGCGGCGGCGGUGCGGCUGGGCGCGGACAUCGUGCGCGUGCACAACGUUCCGGGCGUGCGAGACGCCGUCAGGGUCGCGGACGUCCUCCACAGAGGCUUCCCUGCGGACGCGGCCACCGCCUGA